AUGAAUCACAAGAUGUACCGCUACUACUGCACCAGUCACACUGAUCCAGAGUCUGUCUUCACUCCUACAACUCGUGAAAUCUGUUGUCAACGUCCUAUCAAUCGCUCGGGUGUGGCAUUUGAGGCUAUCCCCUCACCUUUUGCUCUCUGUUGUCUUGCCCGUGGUGGCUCUGACUGUGGUGGUAAUGGAGGACAAGCAAGAGGACGGCUAUUUACUGUCUACCACAGUGUCUCCGCUCCCCCGCUGGACCAAAUGAGCAUGCACUGCUCUCAUCUCACCUGCUGCCUUUCUCAAUUGGGACGAUUUAUGCGAAAUCCGCUGGAGGCGAUGGGCAAAUUUGGAAGCUGUCAUUUCUUUCACACAAUUGCCUGUAUCCUCCACUUCCUUAGUAUCCUCAUACUCUGCGUCUUCGUCAUCCAGUUGGCUGUGAAAGUGCUCUGCAUGGGACGAGCUUUCUUUCGAUUAAAAUUUGAGGCAAAUGAUCUGUCGACCAACUUUUUCCCAUUUAAGUGUCAUCCUGUUUACGCCGACAAAACGAUUCUCCUGAUUGGUGGUAAAAGAUACUCUGAUUGUAGGAGGGAGAUAGAGAGCUGCAGACAAAACAGGCAGGUCAUGAUAGUGGAUGGAAUAAUAAUUAUCAUAUCGCUCAUAGCUGAUGGCAUAUUUGUCUACAUUGCCUCGGAUGAAAUAACCCUGAUCAUCGUAUUCCUCAUCUGGCGGAUAGUUCGAGUUGUCAACAGUCUUCUCAUGCACGAGAAACAGAGAAAUGAAUUUCGCAUCCAACUGCAAAAAAGGGCUCGACGGCUGUCCGAAUUGAAGGUAGAGGCACUCAAUGGGAAAAUUGCACUUCUCGAGAAGCACAUUGACAACCUCGAAAGUAUGUGUGUGGAAUUGGGAGUGCCAAGGGAGCAGUUGAUUUUCUGUCGACCCACAGUAUCUAAAUCGGGCAAAGAGGCGACCAAAAAUGCGAUCCGCUCAAUGGUUUUUCUGACCUCGGAGAUUAUUACCCAGUUUGCCGUGGGAAUGAAUUCCAAAACCCAAGAGACCAACCCUGACAGUGAGGGUAGUUGCAGUGCACCCGGUGACACCACUUCCUCCUCGGCUAAUGUCCCACCAGCUAUUGAGUGCAUUCCUAGUGAAAGGACCUCGAAUCCAAACUCUUCCAUCAACCCAUCCCCGUCCAGCAGUCCAACGCUUUGGACAAAGCUCAAACCCUCCUAG